AUGGAAUUCUCAAAACGCUCCCGACAUGACAACUUUGCUUCCAGGACCUGGAAACACUUCUUCAGGCUGUUGUUGGCGGAGCGACACCGGUGGGUCGGUCACAUUAAUGCCGAUUGGAUCACAACUUCCCGUCUUCGACUCGCGCCGAUCGAUGCUUUGUCCUCGUAUCAAUAUCGUUUCCCCAAUGUUACAGCCGUCAGCUUCCCCCAUGGUACCUUUAACUCCCUGCUUUCAAAGUCGCAGCUGGAAUUCCCUUCCCUCCGAAAAGUUAUCGUCGGAGAGAUAGAAACCUACCUUACUGCAUACUGGGGUCGAUAUCCCUUAACCUUGCAGCACAUCGUUGCGUUUCUCAAGAGACACGAGGAGCACGUCGACUCUCUGGAAUUGCGCAUGGAGCGGAAGGACCAAUUCAGUCGAUUCGAUUGCGGAGCAUUCGCCACCUUCUUGGCGGAAUGGGCUGCGGUCGUUGACAAACCAGCUUUAAAAAGCUUGACACUCGAAGUCCCUCCGCAUUCCUCACCCCAACGCUUGAUGUCUGGGUGGGGAUACGAAGGCCCCCCAACGCUUUCGACGAUCCAGCGACUUCGAAUUGAUGGUCAGCCGAGUGUCAUAGUUGCCCUCCUCUCCUGGCUGGAUAUCCCGUCUCUACGUGAACUCCAGCUGCGUGUCGCCCGGUCUGGUGGAUGGGCGUUUAAUCGUUGGUCGGAUAACGAAUGGGAUGGCCUCCAUCCAGUCCUUUUCGCCUUUUUGGAUCGACCAAAUAUCAAGGCCAGCCUUGAGAGUCUGGAACUCCGCACCUUUUUUGAUUACCGGCGAGCCAAGUUCGAUAGAGGGUUCUUGGAACGGAUUGGUCCACUGCCAGAGUUGUGCAAACUGUCGCUCUUACCGAUUCCUUCCUUCAACUGUGACAAGGCGCUUCCUUCAAUCGAGUUCACCGAUGGCCAGGCCUCCAUCACUCCGCGCUCGCUGGGCUUAGAUACCCUUUUCCCCAGGCUCAAAGAAAUUUUGGUCCGAAGAUACUAG